AUGUCCAAUACCAAAAUUCCACUACGUCAGUUGGGCAGGAAUGGCCCCAUGGUGUCUGCACUUGGAUACGGAGCAAUGGGCCUGUCGGGCACAUAUGGAUCUGCUGACGACGAGGUCAGCGUCAAGCUCCUAAACAAGGCUAUCGACCUUGGAUGCACUUUUUGGGAUACCAGUGAUCUCUAUGGUGUCGGCCACAACGAAAAACUCCUCUCUCGAGUCCUAGCCACUCGCAGAAACGAGAUCUUUCUCGCUACCAAAUUCGCAAUCGUCGUUGGAAAGAAUGGUCCCCGGCAAAUUCGCGGUGACGCUGCGUACGUCAAGGAAGCCUGUGAUGCGUCCUUGAAACGUCUGGGAAUCAGUACCAUUGACUUGUACUAUCAGCAUCGAGUUGAUCCAAACACGCCUAUUGAAGUUACAGUUGGUGCCAUGAAGGAGUUGGUCAAGGAAGGCAAAGUUCGAUACUUGGGUCUAAGUGAAUGCUCUGCUGCUACUCUACGACGAGCUCAUAAGGUCCAUCCUAUAUCGUGUGUUCAAAUGGAGUACAGUCCCUGGUGCCUCGAUAUUGAACAGAACGGCAUUCUAGCCACAUGUCGCGAGCUAGGCAUCGCCAUCGUCCCAUAUUCUCCCCUGGGCCGCGGCUUCCUCUCUGGCGAAAUCAAGUCGCCUGACGAUAUCCCCAAAGGAGACUUUAGAAAAACACUCCCUCGAUUCCGUGGUGAGGCAUUCAAGACCAAUUUGGAGCUGGUUAAGGCUUUUGAAAGCAUGGCGAAAGCGAAAGGAACCACUGCAUCCGCACUUUGCUUGGCGUGGGUGUUCUUCCAAGGUCCUGAUAUGAUCCCUAUUCCCGGUACCCGACGUGAAAAGGCAUUACUUGAAAACUUGAGCUCCUUGAAAGUUAACUUCACUAAAGAGGACGACGCCAAGAUUCGAGCCAUUUUGUCCAAGACAGUUGGUGAACGAUACACGGCAGAUGGAAUGCGUGCUGUCAACUUGUAG